GGCCUCCAGUCCAUCGCACCGGGUCUCCAGUCUGCAUCACAGAUUAUAAUAACAUGCUGGCGUGGCAUUGUACUGAAUCAUAGCUUAAUUACUCUCCCCAAUCCAUUGAUAACGACAUUCGUUGACCAUAGAGAGGAGGAUAAGAGCAUUUUUUUUUUAAAUACAAAAAGGAAGGUCACAAAUAUUAUUCGGGUCGUCUCAUACUAUCAAAUUCUUCCUAUUUGUUGAUUCCAGCCAAGAAGCCAGCGGCUCCUCCCAUACUGGAGUCUACGUACCGACGGUGCGUUCGGCCGGUGGCAAUGGCGUCGCCUCCGUACCGGUUCCCCGCACUAUGCGAGGACGAGCCCACGCGACGCUCCGCCAGGCAGUCAUGCGGAACAUGCGGCGCGUCGGCAGUGGCGAACUGCGUGGCGCUGUGCUGCUGCCCAUGCGCGGUGGUGAGCUGCUUCACGCUGGCGCUCGUCAAGGCGCCCUACGUGGCGGGCCGGCGAUGGGUCAGGCGCGCCAAGACGCAGCGUAUCAGCAGGGGCGCGCUGCGGAAGACGAGGCGCGUCCGGAGCCUGGACGACCAGGUGGAGGGGCUGGGUGGCAGUGGCGGCGCCGGGCGGGCGAGCAAGGAGGAGGAGGACUGGGGCGAGCUGGGCCGGGCCGCCGCCUCGGGUUGGUGGGAGAACACCAACGAUGUAAAUUUGCUCGGGGAUGGCAGGAUGAGGGUGAGCGUCACAGAGAAGGCGUGGAUGGAGAUGUACGACGUCGGGCACUGGGGCUUCGGCCGGCUGUCCUUCUCGCUGGCAAGAGACGCCGCGCCCGCCGCGCAGGCGGUGGUCAUAGACGACCCAGAAGAGCCCCAACCCCAAGAGGAUGACACUGUUGUUGCGGGGCGGUGACCGAGCUUGUGCGGUAUGCCGCGUCUUGCC